AUGUCAUCCUCCAAAACCCCCAGCAAACCCUCCUCCAAACCCGCCCACCACAACCUCUCCCUCUGCACAAACCCGUCGUUCGGCCACGACGUCUCCGCCGCCCUCCGCAUCUCCACCUCUCCCUCCUCCCUCACAUCAACCUCGACGUCAAGAACAACAUCAACCACAUCAUCCCACCACCGCAACUCCUCCUACCUCUACGAAACCCCCGCUCCGCCGCCCCCCUCGCCCGUCGACUUUGGCUUUCCCAGCUGUGCCUCGGAUCGCAGCAGCAGCAUCAGCGAGGACUCGGAUUGGUCCUUGGAUGGUAGUAGCUGUUAUCACGGCGCGGAGGGAAGGAGGUGA